AUCAUAUACUGUCGAUUCUUUCAUCCUCUACGCUCGAUUCCCGGGCCUUUCUUAGCCUCAGUUAGCCGGAUAUGGAUCGUCUAUCAUACUGCCACAGGGCGGAUGGAGCACACUCAACGUGCCCUUCACAAGAGAUAUGGCUACAUGGUUCGGAUAGCACCCGACGAGGUGGCCUGCUCCGAUCCACAGGCUAUCAAGGUCAUAUAUAGCACGAAACGAGACUAUGCCAAGAGCGAGUUCUACGACAUCUGGGCGGCGCCGAAUGAAGUCAGAUACGCGGGCCAUUUCGCCACCCGCGAUGAGGAAGUCCACUCCGAGCGGCGGCGGAUCGUCAAUCAAGUCUACUCGAUGAGCAGCAUUCUGGAAUCCGAGCCAGAAAUCGAUGACUGCACGCGAGUCUUCAUCGAGGCCACGCGCACGUUUGCCCAGCAGAAGACUGCGGUCGAUCUGGGCCCAUGGCUGAUCAAGUAUGCCUUCGAUGUGCUUGGAGAGCUUUUCUAUGAUCGCAUGUUUGGGAUGAUGCGGGAGAAUCGUGACCUCCACGACAUCGGGCGGGCGGUCGACGCGAUGCUCCCGGCCUUUGCUGUCGGCGGCACCCUCCCCUCGUACCUCCAGCAAGCAUUUCUCAUCUCAACCUAUCUCCUGUCAAAUUCUCUCCGGGAUGCGGUGACCGUCUCAAAGAUGGUGGAGAUCGUCUCGAUCCAAGCGGUGGAGCAACGGAUUCGCGAGCUCAAGGACAAGGACAACCAGUUGAACCGCAAACAUGACAUGCUCCGCAAGGUGCUGGAGAUCAGCGACGGGCCCCGCGGCCCAGCCCUCAACUUCACCCAUAAGCAUAUCCAUAUUCGCCGGGGCCGACACCACCUCCAUCGCCAUGCCCAGUACCCUAUACUACCUCAUGCGGGACCCGCGCGUCUACACCAAGCUACAGCAAGAGAUCGACUCUACCUUUGCCUCCGGCAGGAUAUCCGACCCCGUCUCUUACCAAGAGGCCACCACCCAGCUCCCUUACUUCCGGGCGUGCGUCGAGGAAGCGAUGCGCCUGCACCCGGGCGUGGGGCUCACCGCGCCUCGGAUUAUGCCGCGAGGCGGGGUGACCCUUGCCUCCGACGUCUAUAUCCCCGCCGGCUACCGCGUGGGCGUCAACGCCGCCGUGGUGCAGUACGACCGCGACGUGUUCGGGACGCGGACCAGUACAACCCGGACCGCUGGUUGGAUCGAGACCCGGUGCCGAUGGAGCGGGCGAUGUUUGUUUUCGGGCAUGGCGCGAGGACAUGCAUUGGGAAGAAUAUUGCUCUUUGCGAGAUCUACAAGUUGCUACCGGUACUUCUGUGGAAGUUUCAAGUACGUCUGGUCGAGCCGGAAAAGGAGUGGACGACGAAGAAUUUCUGGUUUAAUAAGCCGGUAGGAGUCAGGGUUCUUUUUGAAGAGAGGAGGGGUCUUUCCUCCUUGCCUUGAUGCCUACUCAGAGCUUGGGACCUUGAAAUGCGCACGGGGGAGUGGAAGGCUUUUUUCUACUUUUUCACUCAGAGCAGAUAAUAGCUCUGAGGCGGUAAGACGCAUGCAGAUGGUAACGAUAGUCUUUCUGAGCAAUGAAGCUGGGGGAGGCUGAGGGGCUGGCUGCAGCUCCGAGAACGCAUAAUGUUUGGUUAGAUGGAUGCAGCGCAAAACCCAAGUAACUCAACAUAUCCUGC